GAUGUCUUUGCUGCAGAAAAUUUUUGUAGUAAGUGGUGGGAGGUAUCGUGAGUAGAUGACGGUUGCAAAGCUGGUGUCGCGAUUGAAGAGGUGUAUAGAUGCCUGCAGGGGAUUACGGCGGUUGCUUGCAAUCCGCGGUGUUCACCUCAUCUGCGCUAUCCCUUACUUUCCAUUCUCUUUCUUAUGAUCUUUGCAACUGCCAUUAACAACCUAUCGCUGGAUUGCGAAGAAUGUAAAGAAGCAAGAAGUACUGAUCGAAUCAGGGCGUGCUCGUUGAGAAACAAGUUCCAGAAGUGCAGCAGGGCUCACCGUAUAUAAGGGAGUAGGAGGACCACAACAGCAAAUACUAUCGAGGUCUGCAACUCCUACUGUCAGAAGAGAAAGGAAGAGAAAAGAAUACAACAGCGAUCAGGGUAUGGAUUUGGAAAGUCGCAUCAAGGCAUAUCGCUUCGUGGCCUAUUCGGCAGUCACGUUUUCCGUGGUUGCAGUACUGUCCGUUUGCGUGACCUUACCUAUGGUUUACAAUUAUGUUCAUCAUAUACGCCGGCAAAUGCACAACGAAAUAACGUUUUGCAGGGGAUCAGCAAAAGAUAUCUGGGCAGAAGUACAUGAGUUAAAGAACAUUCCUGUUGCAAAGAACCGUACAAGUCGUCAAGCCGGUUACGGAAGCGCUGACAUUGGUGUCAGUGGUGGUCAGGCAGCGCAAGGAGGUGCAUGCGAUGCAUGCUGCUUACCAGGAGCAGCGGGACCACCAGGUCCACCUGGCAAACCCGGUAAGCCAGGUAAACCCGGAGCUCCCGGCUUACCCGGCAGCCCUGGUAAACCACCGAGUCAACCUUGUGAACCGGUCACACCACCACCGUGCAAGCCCUGUCCGCCAGGACCACCUGGACCACCUGGACCUCCUGGACCACCUGGAGAUGCUGGUGAACCAGGAGCACCAGGCCGACCUGGAGCAGAUGCACCACCGGGCGAGCCUGGACCGAAAGGACCGCCAGGGCCAGAGGGAGAACCGGGACCGCCAGGACCACCAGGAGAUGCAGGAGCACCUGCGCCUAGCGAGCCUCUCAUACCCGGAGAACCUGGACCACCUGGAGAACCAGGAGUACAAGGACCACCCGGACCACCAGGACAACCAGGCAGCGACGGUGCGCCAGGUCCAGCCGGACCAAAAGGACCACCAGGACCAGAUGGUCAACCGGGAGCAGAUGGCGCACCAGGACAACCAGGACCGCCAGGACCACCAGGAAGUCCGGGUGAAAAAGGAAUCUGUCCAAAGUAUUGUGCCAUUGAUGGUGGUGUAUUUUUCGAAGACGGUACUCGUCGUUAAGUGGGUUGUUAGAAUGUAUCACUCGAUGUCCUCAUCCUUAUACCAGACUGCCAUUUUGCCAAUUUGUCACCUAGUUCUAUCAACAACGACCAAAUAAAUUUUCCACG